AAGAAAAGCAAUUCGUGGGCUGAAGGUGCAACAAAAAGCUCGAAGCGAUAAGCAAUUACGACACUCUUCAGCACACGCAUUCUCUCCAUUACGGAAACACGACACGAUGAGCGUUCUUCGCCCAGUCCCCCGAAUACCACGUAGAUCUUCUAUCUCAGAGUCGGAGGAUAUCACAAACGCUAUUUUUCGGGAGGCAGGGCUCACUACGGCUACAUCUACCCCGCAGCUGGAUUGUGCUCAACGGAGUGAGGAUAGUGGAACAGGGGGCUUGCCGUGUAAAGAGAAAAGCCAGAACCAACUCGAUGUUGUGGAAAAAUUCUUCCUCAACUCUCAACGUCCCACAGUUGCACUCUUUGCCAUCUCUAUCUGUCUUGUCGGAGUAAUGGACUUCCUUCCAAAAACGACCCAUGACCCGCAAACAUGGACCGAAGACGUCGAUUCCGUGAGUGGCUUUUAUGGCCCUGGGGUGAUAAUCUCGUGGUGCUUGAUGAGCAUGUCGAUGCUGCUCCACCUCAGCAACUUACGGACGCGAUCUGCUCCACCUCACGGUCUGCUUCAUCCAGAGUCUGCUCCACCUCAGCAACUUACGGACGCGAUCUGCUCCACCUCACGUCUGCUUCAUCCAGAGUCUGCUCCACCUCAGCAACUUACGGACGCGAUCUGCUCCACCUCACGUCUGCUUCAUCCAGUCUGCUCCAUCUCAGCAACUUACGGACGCAAUCCGCUCCACCUUGAAUCUGCUCCACAGCAACUUUACGGACGUAAUACGGACGCGGUCUGCUCCACCUCGAAUCUGCUCCACCUCAGCAACUUACGGACGCAAUCCGCUCCACCUUGAAUCUGCUCCACAGCAACUUUACGGACGUAAUACGGACACGGUCUGCUCCACCUCAGCAACUUACGGACGCAAUCCGCUCCACCUAGA